AUGAUCGGCACUCUGUAUUUCUUAGCACUGCUGAGCUCCACAGUGGCCUGGGGGUCUGUAGACCUGUGGAGUGAGAGGAAUGAGACAGGAGGUGGAGGUGGGGACAGGUGUACCUGUGACGCCUUUCUGCCCAGUUCAACUUUUCCUAUAGCAGAUUUGGUGGCAGUAGAGCAGACAGUGGUGGAGAUCUCACAUAAACUGGAAAAGGAGAUGGGCAAGCUAGAGGACUACGAAGUCAAGAUGACAGAGUAUGCAGAGAAGAUCGUGAAGUUGACGACUGAAAUUGAAAAAAUGGAAAGGGACCCUGAUUCCUACAAUGAAGAUGACUUCCAAAACACGAAGGUGGAGAUUAAACAAGUGGAGGCUCUGAUUACAGAGCUGCAGCUUUCCAUCAGUGGCUCCACCACAGUCUUUGAGUCCCUGCGUCUAGAGGUGACAGCUGUGGUGGCGACCUUAAAUAGGCUGGAGAAGACCCACGACAAGAACCUUGUUUUGGCAAUCCGCCGAGAAUACAUCAAGGUGCAGCUGCAACUGGAGGAGUGUGAGAGACGCCACCAGGAGCUUUUCAAGCCCAACAUUGGCUCUUGUGCUCACACUGGUAUCUCCAAGCUCAGCCAGCCUAUUGUUUCCCAACUGAGUGCCCAUCUAAGCAGCAGCUACAAAUAUGGAGGUUGGGGCAAAGACUCAAAGCCUCUUCCUGACAGAGAGUCUAUGUACUGGUACUCUGGAGCCAGUACUGCGGGCAUUUCCUCCAUUAUGUUCUACACUAACUACAAGAACCUCAUUUUGAGAAAGGCUUUCCAGACUACUUCCUUAAAGAGUGGCUGGUCUGGUACAGGGAACAAUUUCAUCAUCCGUGAUAAUACUCUGUAUUAUCAGAUCAACAGUCCGUUUUCGGUGGCCAAGCUGAAUUUCAGCACCAUGUUAUAUGAGCAUAGGGUGAUUCCUAAAGCUAGUUCCAGUAUCUCUUAUACUACCUCCCCCUAUCAGAAUUUUGACUUUGCUGCUGAUGAAAGCGGCCUGUGGGUGACUUAUGCUACAGUAGAGUCUGGCGGUCGGAUGGUCAUUGCUAAAAUAAACGAAGCGUCUUUUGGCUUAGAGGAGGAAUGGCACACUAGUGUUUAUAAACCAGGCGUGAACAAUGCCUUCAUGAUCUGUGGUGUUCUGUAUGCAACUAGGUCCAUUGAUGUCCACACUGAGGAGAUAUUUUACAAGUAUGACACCAAAACCAAGCAGGAGACCCACAUCAGCAUUCAGUUUGAGAGGUUCCAGGAGAAGUAUUCCAACCUGGACUACAAUCCCGCGGACCAGAAGCUCUACAUGUACAAUGACGGUUACUAUGUCAGCUACUAUCUGUGGUUUAACCACACUGCUGCAUCCACUGUGCAGCCACCAUAUGCUGUGACCUAA